AAAUAUAACCUUCUUCCAGGAAUAUGAAAGCCAUCCCUAUUUGAAGCAAAGUCUCUAAGAACUGCGAUGAGUACAAGUGAAUCACCGGCGCCGUCAUCAUCACCGUCGCCGGUGCGCCGGCGGGAGAGUCCUUGGGGCAUUUCAGGGGGCGAUCACCGGCAACCGAAGCCCCACCGCUGCAACGACCGAGUCGAAGAUGUUAUUCAGGCUUGUUUCGAAGGAAACCCAUUCAAGACUGUUCCAGGUCCUUUCAAGCUUUUCUACCGAUGCAUGCGCUCAAAACCUGGGGAGGAGCCAACAGAACCUUUCUACUACUUGGAGCUAGAUCCACCAAAGAGAGAAGUACAACUUGAGUGAAAUUUUCAGUAAAUUUCUCAAUCGUUUAGACAAAAAGGGGUAUUAUUUUGGGUUUUUUCUGAUUUCUUAACUCGGAGUGUUAUGAAUGGUGACCAUAUAUGCAUCAUACACUAGGAUUGCUCUCUUGUUAUAAAUGAAGAAACACCACUUGAUAUCAUUUUCUUUUUGUUUGUUCUUUGAAAUUUUGGUUAGGUUUACCUUGUUAAUUUUCACAACUUGCCUUGUGAUCGCUCGCUAAUAAAGUAAUAAUAUCAUGUACACAUAUUCAUUCUGUUGCUAGCA